AACGACUCCCAUGAAACUCUGCACCGCCUCCCAUGCGACCUGUUGCCAAACAUUCGAUAGCUUGUUCGUUUUCUUUAUUCGUUUUUACGAUUGCUCGAUCCUCGUUCAGUGUAGUUUCGAAAAUAUUAUUUUUCUGCGAUUUCUUAAACUGGUUCAACGUUUCUUUUUCCCUCUUUGGUUUAAUUUUAGCCGAUGUCCAACUCAUUGUUCUAUCUAACGUAUCUUUUUCGUCGUCUUCAUCGCUUCGUAAACUUUGAUCUUUUCCAUAAUUUUCUUGUUGCAUAUUAUUCAACAUUGUAUCCCUUUUUUUUCUCUUAGGUGGUAAUUCAUUUUUCUCUGCCUGAUCAUCAAAGGCCGCGUGAAUAUUAUCAUUCUGCGAGUUUCUAUCUUUUUCAUCUUGUUGUAAUAAUUUAUAUUCCUUAAUCCGUGACUUGAAACAAGUAAACAAAUUUCGUUUUCGUUUCCGUUCGAUUACUGAAUCGCACUGGACUCCUCUGCAAAUUCUCUUUUUUCUGAUUUUUCCCAGGUUAUUAUCAGCAUUUGCCUGUCUGAUUUCAUAAUUAUCGGUAAGAUUGUCUGACUCGUCAGGUAUCGCAAGAUUAUCAAGUUUUGCAUUGCUGCUAAAGAUGUCAGGUUGUCUUGCACAACAUCGCACAGACUUUCGUUCACGUGUGCCCUCUAAUUCUUUAGACAAUUUUUUCUCGUCGUUAGCAUCGACAUUUUUAAACGCGUUAACCUCGUUUCGCAAUCGUUGAGUUUUAUAAUUCAAAGUAGUUAGAAUUUUCGCGAUGUCAUUCAGGCUCACUCCUUCAUCAUGGACCCGACAAUAACAACGAUUUGGUCUCGUUUGCUUCGCAUGUGUUGACAUUUCCUUCGAUGCAAUUAUUCGACAGCAUUGUAUACAGCCAAAAUAAAUGUGAACAGUAACGGAAUAUUAAAUUUCGUGGAACACAACGAAUAAUUUUCCCUGUGUCGCGCUGAAUAUUCCUAUUGUUUUUGCCAUUGAAACGUAGGUUAUUUCGUAUGCUAACUUCAAUUUCGUGCGUGACUCAUCUGUUCCUAUAUCGUUUAAUGGUUAUCGUACUAAAGUAACAUACAAAUUUUUUGACUCGAAUAAGCAUGUAACGUGCUUCGUGAGACGUAGCAUGUCGGAGAAGUACGUGAAAGAUAUUCUAGAGAAACUCGAGGAAAUCGAGAAUUUGCACGCGAAGCUUCGCAACUUGGUGCCUCGAGUGAAAAAUCAAGAACAGGAAAGCAUUGACCGUUCGAAGAAUGCAGACAAUAAAGAACCAAUUUCAAUCGAUAUAAACGAGAGUAAUGUCUCGCAACGGCAGUUUAUUGAUAACGAUACGGAAACCUUAAGAAACGCAGGUGUUUCAUGGUGCGUGAGGUAUUUAAAAAAACUGAGAAGUCCAUCAUUUACCGACAAGUAUCGGAAGUUGAGAAAAAGUUCUGUAAAUUUCAUUUCUAACCAGUGGCGCACGAAGAAGGACAAACUAAAAAAUUUACUGUCGACCAUAAGUGAACGCAACAUCAUAUUGGUGAACAGAGCUGCACAAACUUCAGACAACGAGCAAUCCGUAGCAACAUCGAGAAAACAGUCCACGGCGGGUGGCGAGGAAGUUCAGUUCUCUUCGAGAGAGAAUCCUGAAAAAAGGAAAGCCACGAUGCAAGAACUGUUAGAACGUUUACUAGAGCACUUUAAUUAUUCUCGUGAUUCUGACAUAGAGAAUGGGGGCAGAGUAUCGAUACACGAUCAUCCCUUAGGUAACAACGAACCACGCCGAGCGCUGAAGACUCUUCUACUUCUACCUGAUGACGAAGCCGAAACAUCGAAUAUUAUUUCGUCCGCCAAGAGAGUUUCGAUCGAUCGCCGUGGAGAAAAUCCUUUGUUGAAUAAAAGAAAGAACAGCUUUGCCACGAAUUUAAUGAACCAUCGUACAGAGUAGUAUAUUUUCAGCGAUUCGUAAUGAAUUGCGUUCAUAAACGCCAUCGAAUGUAAUAGAAUGGAUGCAAUGAUAACAGUGUAACUUUGUACUGACUAUUUUAUUAGAUACACUAGCCUUCCUUUUUAAACUUAUUGUUUUUUUUUUUGCACCGAACUAAUUUUCGGAGUCAGCGCCUCUAUCGGGAAAAUGCCCAAGUUUGUCCUCGAUUAGUUCUUGUUUUCUACUGUUAGAUAACGCCAUUUACUCUGUUUUUUUUUACCGAUAUAAUGGUAAUAUACCGACAGGUCGGUAAAAAACACUGCAGAUUACGCCAUCUAGCAGGGAAGAUAGGAACUAUUCGAGGACAAACUUGGGCGCUUUCCUGAUAGAGGCGCUGACCAUACUCCGAAAAUUAGUUCGGCCUUUUCACCGCGAGAUGGCGAGUCGACCGAUAAAAUAUAGGUUUUUUUUUUUAUUACAUUUAUUUUUUAAUUAAAGAUAGCGUUUCUACUUCCAUUGUUGGCAACUAAUGACCUAUUCAAGAGUCAUACAUAAAAAGAAAUCGCUAGGUUGUAUUCAUCUCCACACUGACAAACCAGGCUGUUGAGAGUGUUGAUCUUAAAUAACGAUGCAUUUAGGUUAUAGUGAUUCAGGCCCUAUAAAUCUAAACCACGUUAGGCCAAUAGUCACACAUGGUGAAACCAUAGUUUGGUGUAAUAUAAUUUAAUACAACCCUGGAUUACCUAGGUACUUAGAAGAUCUGGAUUACACUAUAUUGGCAUCUCAACCAAGCUCGAGAAAGAUAAAGCUCAAGGCACUCGAGUUGCCCUCGACGGGAAGGAACUGUUUGAAAGAAACCUUAGAGCGCGUGGGUCGGCCGAUGGGGGCACAGGAAAGGCGGGUUCCACCGGAAGUCACGCAGCUCAAAC